AUGGCCGUCAAUUUAUUGAAUAAGUCUUCGAUAAAUCAAAGUCUUCUUAGUGAUGAAGACCAAUUUGGACGUGAUUGGCAUGUAAAACGUUUUAUGCAUAUACUUUAUGGCGUGUUAGCUUCUUUGGCCAUUUUAGGUAAUUUUAUGGUAUGUUUCGUUAUCGUAACAACAAAAAAUGGGAGAAUGAUGAAAUCUGGAUUAAAUUUGCUAAUUUUAAGCAUGGCUAUGAUGGAUGCAGCUACAGGAAUAAUGAUGUUUGUUGUCCCUUCAUUUGUUGUUCCAGCUGCAGAUUACACCUAUCCGAGUAAUAAUAUCUCGGGAACAAUAUUUUGCCGCGUAUUUGCUUCGCAAUAUGCAAUUUUUUAUUUUGGUUUUGGCUCAGUUUUUACCAUUACCGCUAUUGCUAUCGAAAGGUGGAUUGCUGUCGCUAGACCAUAUUCAUACCGAAAUAUUGUAACUAUAAAAAGAACUAAACGAUUUUUAGUCGGUCUAUGGGUAUUCAAUACUGUUAUAUCAAUUGAUAUCCUGCUUCAACGAGAUUAUGAUAGCAAUGAGCAGCCUCCAUGCAAAUGGAAUUCUUUCAUUCGACAUCCACCAGGGCAAUAUCUGUUCAUUGUAAUGGAAAUUCUACGUUUAUUUCUACCGUUUAUCAUCAUUAUAGCAUGUUAUAUUGACAUAAUAAGGAGAAUUAUUACAGCGAUACCUGGAUUAUCGGUGGCCAAGGCCAAUUGGAACCGAGCCUCAUCUAUGUUGGUAAUAGUCAGGAAUCCCAGUUCAAUCAGAGCUAGACGUAGAGUAACUAUCAUGGUAGCAAUAUCAGCUUUAGCUUUUAUGAUAUGUUGGUUACCAAACGAAUUCUAUUUUACGCUAUAUGUUCUCAAUGUUAUACCUUAUAAUAUUGAUGUCAUUCGAUUUACCAAGACACUGAUUGUAGUAAGCUCAUGCUUGAGUCCUCUAAUCUAUUCUGCCACUAAUGAAGACUAUCGGCAAGGUAUCUGGACGCUUGUAAGCAGUUGCGAAUUUCGAAAAUCACCGCGAAUAGAUACGAAAUACCCCCAAAAAAGUAUUUUAAAUGUAGAAAAUAGUAGGAAUAUUGUAACACAACAGACUCACGAAACUGAAGGAAGCAAUUAA